AUGGAGGCCCCUUGGACCGGCCAAGUUGGAGAUGGCAUGGAUAAAAUAUGCGACCUCUCGGACACAAUAGAACAACACCUCAGAUGUUGGGAUCCCGAUAGGGUUAUAUUUAUGCCUCUGCUUUGCAGCGGCGGAGAACUGCCCACCGGCUCGCCGUUGGCACAGAGAUGUCCCUUUAUGCAACCGCAAUGCCAACAACCCGUUACCGAUCUGGAUGGCCUAUCGGCUAAUGCUCUUGGAAACCCGCAGUAUAGUAGGGAACCUUCAGCUCACGAACGUCGCAAGCAAAAAUUUGACGAAAUAGUGACGAGCAGAUUACCCCCCAUCGAAGAAGAUUUGGACGACACCAUCUGGGACAUCGACAAGGGCAAAGAUGGGCUGAAAGAGGCGGAGCCACCUGCCACGUUGACAGUAAAAGCGAAAAUCGUCUCGAAAAAGCCGGAAGCAGAGGAACGUAACGACAGCAGUAGUCUUUACGAAGACGACCGCAGCUCCCCCGACUUUGAGCGGUCGGGUUUAUUCUUGUCAUGUGCGGAAAGGUUCUCACAAAGCCGCGAGACAGAGGAAGACAACGCUAGCUGGACUCAUGAUGAGGAUGAUAGCAGCUCGCUGUAUCCUGCUUCAUCGAGUAUAAUCUCGCCGGAAUUGGAAAGUCUUUUCGGAGAUCAAGAGUCAGAGGAACACGACGAGGAGGACCAAGGGCUGUACUAUUAUUUCCCCAACUUGGAGCCCGAAGCCGGGUGCUGUUGGCUUUGGGAUAUGAUUAAGUCGGCUUGGAACCGAAUCAGAGGUCGGACGGUUACGUUGGAUGCAUGA